AAGAAGGAGGAGGAGAAAGAGAAGGAGAGAGAGAAACCCAAACAGACGGAGGAGAAAACCAAAAUCCGGAGAGAUGUGGCGAGCGCACAAAGAGAGGCAGGUUCUCAUGGCAACGGUCUGCCUGCUGGGGGCCGUCCUGCCCUGUCUGUCCGUCUACACCGGGGGGGAGUGCUACUUCAACGCCAAAGCAAAAUGUGAGCAUCAGGACCAGGUUUUUGGGAUGGGGGAGAGCUGGGUGACUGCGGAGUGCUACCAGUGCGUCUGUCUGGAGCCGUUUGGAGUGGGCUGCUGUGAGCAUGGCUCACAGCCGGUGGAUUACCCAGAUUGGUGCGAGGUGGUGCGCAAGCCGGAUUCCUGCAACAUCGCCGUGGUGAUGCGGGCCAAUCACAAACUGCCGUGUCUCUAUGGUGGGCGGGGCCGGAUGCGACCUGGGGCGGUGCCAGCGUGGAAGUCCGACAACGACCCCAUGUACUGAUCUUUGCCAAACGCACCGGAGCCAGCGGCACUUAGGCCAGCAACCAUCUACCCCAAACAGACACGUACUGUAUUCACUGACAACCAAAGGAACAACCAGUUGUCAAUUUGCUUUUUAGUAAUUUGCGUAUCACACAUUUUUACGCAGAGUGUCUUAUAAGUUAAUAUAUUUAUAUCUUUAUUUAAUAAUUUAUUGAUACCCAUUUGAAUAGCUGGGUAAUUAACCAAAGGUACGCAGCAGAGGCUCAGAGACAGAAACGUAAUGCCGUCACCUCAAACUUAAAACCUACUGGUUACAAGCGCAACAAGUAGAACCUAAAAUGUAUGCUAACAUAUUUAUGGUGUUUAUGUAUGAUGUGUGGGAUGGUAUCUAAAUAUAGGCUCUGGGAUAAGCUAAUAUACGCACAAAUAUGUUCAAACUGACUAAUGACGAAGUCCAUCUACCAACUGCUAAAAAUAAUUCCUGGGAAGCUGUGGUCAAGUAUGCAUAUAUACUCUGUGAAUAAGCGCAAAAGUACAUGACUAUAACAAAUUACAAAUAAAGUGAUCUUCUAGAAUACAAUUCAUAUUUAUACACACACAAAAAUGCACAUAUGUUAUACAAAAAAAAUGUUUUCAUACCAUGAUCUAUUAUUUUAACAAAGUAUAGACCUAUUGGUAAA